CUUUUUAAAGUUUUAUGUUUGCUUGUUUUUCAAAUUGUCGAAUUAGGUGAACAAGCUUAAAACUAAACAUCCUUGCCCACGACCAAUGAGCAUCGCCUUUUUCUACUUCUUCCGCUGACGUGCGACGACUUUCAAAUCUUUGGCGGUUGACUGGCGUUUGAUAACUUUUCAACAUAUGUCAAGUGCUUACACGAAUUAACAUGGAUUCAACUAUGGCGAACCAUCUUGUUGGGCUUUCAGUCAACAUCCAAAGAAGCGACGGGCGAGUGCAUCCUGCAAACGUCAAAACUGUUGAUUCCACAACAUCUAUUGUAAAGGUUGAAUGGUUUGAGAAAUCUGUAUGCAGGGGAAAGGAGCUCGAAAUUAAUGAAUUAUGGUCCCUGAAUGAAGAGCUUUUUGAGCACAUGAAAUCCGCUACUACACCUGCUCCUCCAGAGAAGAAAUAUGGAAGCCGUCUCCGUUCAUCCAGGAUCCCUGCUCCUUCCAAUCAUUCUGCUCAAGUGGGUCCUCCUGAGGAGACAGUUCCACUUCCUAGAAAGUCCAUACGGCAGACAUGCUUGUUCCGGGCCCCUGCUCCAGUCUCUGAACCUGCUAAGACUAAACAAGAAUUCCUGUCUUCAGAGUAUCCACCCUCUGUCCUCAAAGCUUCUGGUGUGCCCAACCGAGAGGGGAAGAGGAACGAUCAGAGACAGACUGUUGUCCUGCCGCCAGUCAACGAGACCAAGAGUGUCUUAGUCACCUCAAACAAACGGAGCUCUGUGGUACCCGCAGACAUGAGCAAACCAGUGAACAAAAGAUUGUCCCAUGCAGUCAAGAGUUAUGACAUGGUGCCCAAGAAGGGAAAGUUUGGAGACACAAACCGACCGAACAAGCAGUUUUACCAGAUGAUUGAAGACUUCAGAGAGACCUUGGAAGUAUUUCCUUUAUCUCCAUCGGAUACGGUUGAAGCUCAUAGAAUUUGUGUGUGUGUUCGCAAGCGUCCUCUAAACAAUAAAGAGGUGGCCAAGAAAGAAAUUGAUGUGGUGACUAUCCCUGGUAAUGGAACGCUGCUUGUUCAUGAACCCAAGCAGAAAGUGGACCUGACCAAAUACCUGGACAACCAGGUCUUCCAUUUUGACUACUCCUUUGAUGAGUCAUCCACCAAUGACUUAGUGUACAGGUUUACCGCCAAGCCUCUUGUCCAGACCAUCUUCGACGGAGGAAUGGCAACUUGUUUUGCUUACGGCCAAACUGGAAGUGGUAAAACUCACACAAUGGGAGGAGACUUUUCAGGGAAGAGCCAGAACAGUUCCAAAGGGAUCUAUGCCUUGGCAGCUCAGGAUGUGUUCACCCUUCUGAAGCAGAGGAGAUAUUCCAGUCAGGACCUGUGCCCCUAUGUGACCUUUUUUGAGAUCUACAAUGGCAAGGUGUUUGAUCUGCUGAACAAGAAGGCCAAGCUGCGAGUGCUAGAGGAUGAGAAACAACAGGUCCAGGUGGUCGGCCUGCAGGAGAUGUACGUGUCAUGUGCUGAAGACGUCAUCAAGAUGAUUGAGAUGGGCAGUGCAUGCAGGACGUCCGGCCAGACGUCCGCCAACGCCAACUCGUCUCGCUCCCACGCCAUCCUGCAGGUGAUCCUGCGGAAGAGGAACCAGCUGCACGGGAAGUUCUCCCUGGUGGACCUGGCGGGGAACGAGAGGGGCACAGACGUCAGCAGCAACGACAGACAGACCCUGGUAGAGACGGCCGAGAUCAACCGCAGCCUGCUGGCUCUCAAGGAAUGUAUUCGCUCAUUGGGGAUGGACAGCCACCACAUACCCUUCAGGAUGAGCAAACUGACACAGGUGCUCCGAGACUCCUUCAUCGGAGAGAACUCCAAGACAUGCAUGAUUGCUAUGGUGUCUCCUGGAAUGGCCUCAUGCGAUUACACUCUAAACACACUACGCUAUGCAGACAGAGCAAAGGAACUGAACGGGACAUCCAGGGUGAAUGAUGCUGAUCUUCCGAAGAAGAUUGAUGAGAUGGAAGUGGAGAACAGCUCCUCAGAGGAGGACUCCAUUGUGCCCAUGACCGACAUGUAUGAGGCCAUCUCCCAGGUGUCUGAGCUGGAGGAGUUAGUGCAUGAGGAGUUGACGAGGGCCAGUGAUUUUCUCAAGCCAAUGGAGAUGCCAUCAUAUGACAUUGAGGCUGGGGUGACAGAUAUUGUGGACUACGCAAGAAAAUUACUGGACACAGUCCUGGCAUUGCAAUAUGCCAUCGAUGGAGAGCGACUGGCAAGGAUGACGCCCAAAUCAGGUUAUUGCUGAGAGGGACGGCCACUCGACUUGUUCACUUGGAAAUAUGGCGCUAUUAAAAGUACCGUUGAGUUGUGAAUGUUUUAUCAUGCAGUUACUAUUGUGCAAGGGUUCAAUUGGACAUAAAUUCAUUUCCGCUGACUUUAAUUAAUAGCAAAAGAAAUAAAGUAUUACCUCUAACAUAUAAAGCCUCUCACUACAUACCAUAGAUGUCCAUGAAAGAAUGUUAACAAUUCAUGUUUUCAAUGUAUUUGUAUACAAAAUGGAAAUUUGUCCAGUUUUUAAAUGAUUUGAUUAAAGUUUUUUUUAUGAA